AGGCCGGACAAAAUCUGAAAAGAGAGGAUUCCUUCGUUCUGGAAUAUUGUGGAGGAAGUCAUUUGCGACAGAGAAAGAAACGGAAAUAAAGCUGGUCUGGUAACGUUGAGCUGGACUUUGAGCGAUUUUGGAUUUUGAUGGAGUUGAAUGGAGAUCUGCAGGGGCUCAUUGAGAGAGCUUGGGCACUGAAAGAGACCAUUGAUGGUGACAUCAACAGCAGUUUCAGGUAUUGUAAUUUCUGCUUGCGACAUGGUCAUAACUGCGACAUCGCGGGGACAGCGUAUAAGGAGACAGAGAGGCUCACUGCCAUGAGAGAUUCAUUGAAGGAUGUGGAGUCCAUGCUCAUAUACUUACAGGCCAUUCAAGAUUUGUUAUCGUGGGCGAGAGGCAGUUUCUGUUCUCAACAGAGAGCAACUUCAUUGCAGAGGCUCCGGAGCUGGCAGCACUUGGACAGACGCACCGCGCUUGCCCGGUUGGAAGAUAGCAGAUCCGUCCUCAUUGAAAAUGUGAGCCAAUAUCAAGGAAGGCCUCUCGACGUGGUGUGAGAAUUAAAUGCAUGUUUCGGCGAUGGGAAAAUGGUGUCCCACAAGAUAAAAUCAAGAGAUCAAAUGGCGAAGAGAAACAACGAUCCAGCUGAUAUUAAGCGUCGGAAAAGGCCGGGACUAGGCUUCCUGGUCUGCUGCUGUAAGAUACUGCUCAGUCCAUGGAAGUGGCACGAGGCCGUCAGGAUCACCGUGAAACUAGUGGUCGUCUCCGCUAGCAUUUCGUCGAUGAUGUCUUUCAUAAGUUACAAGCAGCAGAAAUGGAGUUGCAGGAAGGGAUUUGUGUCACUGAUGGACCCAACAGAAGUGAGGGGAAAUGGCAGUUUGGUAGGCAUUUCAAAGAGGCCUCUACAUGUUUUAAGUGGCCGGGGAUAACUGCAUGGCUACUAAUUCAUUAAUUCAUUGAAUUGCAUCAAGGUCAUAUUUUUUAUUUUUGUAAUGGCAAAAAGCUUUUCUACAGUUUUCAAGGAUGCAUGGUGUGAUCUGAUAAUGAUGCUCUGUUGUCUGACAUAUUGGAAUGAGAAGAUUAACACAUUCU